UGUUGCCACUACGAUGGUUGCAGAGACACAGUCCCGCGACUAACGAGACGCCCGCUAAUCUUUGCAAAAAGAAUUUUUUGCAGAUGGUUUAUGUCGCUGUUCGGCUUUACAGCGUAACCCGACGCGACGCCGAGGUGCACUAGAUAAAAAUAGAUUUUCCAUGUUAAUCAGAGGCUUUGUCAAAAGCAGCGAAAAAUUCUGUUCUGCGACGACGCGGCCGAGACAAGCAUAGAUAAAGACCACAGCAUCUAUCGCGUCAGGCGUGAAGACGAACUGAAGGACGCUGGAAUCGUAUGACUUCUCGUCUGGUUAGGACACGGUGUUAAGGCUUUACAAAAUGUCCGUUGAAAACAGUACCCUGGACUAUGAUGCUAUAAUCACAGAACUUCAAAGCAUACAACUAUCAAAUGUAUCAGAAAACAUAACCAAUCCGAACCAACAUGAGAUCCGGAUGAUGUACUUAGUUACAUAUUCUCUUGUCCUGAUCCUCGGUGUCACCCUCAACUUCAUUGUCAUUGUCAACAGUUGCCUGAAAAACAGGAAAUCUCAGACGGUUGCCAUUUGGAUUAUGGCAUUGGCUGUAACGCACUUAGUGUCCAGUGCAUUUAUUGUUUUGCAGUUUCUCUAUGUUUACAAUAACUUCAUAUGGGAAUACGGACAAGCAACCUGCAAGCUGUCAUCCUAUAUCACCUACGGCAGUAUGUUCUCCACAGCAGCCAUGCUCAGUCUCUGGAGCAUUAGCUCUGCUUUUUCAAAAAAGGAUUUGUCCAAAAAUUGCAAGAAUUGUUACAUUAUUCUGAUUUCAUUGUCCUGGAGCAUUGCAGCAGUUUUGGCAUGUCCUUCGCUGUUUUCCAGAGAGAUCCGAUCUUCUCAGUGCAUUGAUGACUAUGACAUGGAUAAGUUGAAAACAACUCCAGAUGGCAUUACAAGGCUGAAAGUGGUUGUUAUCAUGAGAUUUCUCUUUGGGCUUCUUGUGCCAGCUUUGAUAAUGUUUCUUAGCUGUUUGAUAUCAGCUCAUAGAACGUGUAAAGUAUGCAAGAAGCAAGCACAGAUCAUCUGCGCUAUCAAGAUUGCCUUCUUUGUGUUCUGGGGCCCUCAGAUCUUCUUAACCUUGCUUCAAGCCACUCUUAGCAACAGCCUGAGUCAAACUAUGUUGACAUACGGACUUCCAGCAGCUACUGCGCUGGCCACAGCCCACUCUUUUACCAGCCCAGUCAUCUAUUUGUUAUUGGGAUGCAGUAUUAAAAUGGAGUGGAUGGCACAUGACCCAGGUCAGUGCCGAAGGGGGGUUUAUCAGGGGAUGACAAUGUUGUCCUGAUCAAGUCCCAGGUGAGCCAGGCCUGUCUGUGUGGAGUUUUGUGAAGGAGUUUUGUAAAGUUGAACAGGACCCCUGAACCCCCAUGACUCUAGAGUAAGAAUUCUCAAUCAUAUUCCUGGAAGACCCCCAUCACUGCAUUUUUUGAAGGUCUCCUUUGUCUGACACAUCCAUUUCAAGUCUGCAGAUGCAUUCAACUCGAAGAGAGGCUGCACAGAAUGACCAGUGCAUUACAUUAAAAUACCAUGAGAGGAUACUGCAGAUCAAGUGGAACAUGCCUAGUAAAUAUACUAAGUGAAGGGAUGGAUGAAUGACCCAGGCAUAGGAAAUGAUGCCCUGUCAAUUGUACAUAGGAAUUAAAGACUGGUGUAGCAAUUCUAAAGAAAAUGCAUGGCAGUAAUUUCUGUAUUAAAACACACAAGUGGGCCAUUUUUUAAAAUUACUAAUCCAAACUUAAUGCUAGCUUUCUAGUUGAAUGGGGAUUUUGUUGAUACACUACAUCGCAUACACUUACUGCUAGAAUAAGCAUUGAUACAUAAACACUAACCCACUAUGUACUGUGUAUCAAUAUAUGAAUAUUAACCUUGUAGAGGAUUAUUUGCUGUUUGUUUGUUGAUUGUUUCAUAUUAUUUUUGCAUUUUUUUUAUAAUACUGUAAAGUUUUAUACAGUUUUGUUUAUUAUACAUUUAAGAAUAUGCAAGUAUAUUAUAUAGUCUAUGUAUGGCUGCAAUGUAAUGAAUAGCCUAUAUUACAAAUGCAUGUAUUUUUACAAACAUUACAACCAGGAAGUAUGACCACAUUAGCCCGCUUCUAUCAGCAUUGCACAUCUUAUCUCUAUUGCACUGCCUUCAUGUAUUAAACUUUAUAUAAACAUUUCAAAUCUUACUUAUUACUUAUGAAGCCCUUAAUGGUUUAGCUCCUCAGUACUUGGGUAAGCUAUCGCAUUAUAGUCCUUCACGUCCACUGUUCAGAAGGCAUACACAUAACACACUAAUCACAUUUCUGUAAUUCCCAAAAAACUAUACACAGCAUUAAUUAGAUCAACAUAACACUUGUUACAUUAAGAAGAAUGUCAUGUACAGUUCUUAUUCUGAGAUCACUAGACUCAAACGAGAAAGAGAGAAUAUGCAAUGGCCAGAUGAGUUUAAUCAACAACUGUCUGCAAACUUAUAUUCAUGCUGACCUUUAUUUUUUACUUUCCCGCUCAAGAUUUAUGUCACAAUAGGCAAAAAGGGUGGUCGCAAGUUCCGCUUUUUGUUAAUAUGAAUUACUUACAUACCAUCCACAGGAAUAGGAUGUUUGCUCCACCCAAGGUUUCAUCCUGCUUUUACAUAAUUUUUUUUUUCAGGUGGGCUGGAUUACAGAGUUGUCUCUAUUAUCGAAGUGCAGGUAGAUUAUUCUUUAUGCAUUAUUCUUUUAAAAACCUGUAAAACUCUGUAAAAGCCUGCCCAGACUCUGAUGUGACUCUAAGCACUUUUACUAUAUGCCCAAAACAUAACAUUUAUAAAUAAGACCCCUGAGUAUUUUGUAAGAUUAUUCCCACCCAGUUUGGAACUCCUAUUAGUAAAACUAACAGUUUAGAGAUUCAUUCAUCCCCUCAGCUGUAAAGUUUUUAUAUUUGAGGUAAAAUAAAUUCCUUCAAGGAAAGUUUGUGUACUCAGUAGCCAUAUUUGCAAUGCCUCCGGGCAGCUCAAACAAGAAGACUGACUUGACUGCAUUCCAGUCCAUUUUUUAAUGCUCUUCAGAUGUGAACUUCCCUCUGUCUCAUUUAUUCGGAUGUACAUCAUUGAUUAUGUUGCGUAACUAAACAACUGUACCGAGACCCAGCUGAAGAGGUGGUCAUGGUUUGGGUCAAACAAACUCUAGUAGGUCCGAAUCGAUAAUUGUUAGAUGAAACAUGAUUUUCUAUGAUUUUCUAUGAUUUAAUGUUGACAUUAAGUGACUGCAUGAUGGAAAUUUCCAGAGCAGAUGGGUGUGCAUGUCUUCAAGGAUUGCUUGUUCUCUCAUAUCUUGGACUCGGUUCCCGCUCAUCGCGUACCAAAGCCGCUUUCUCACAAGUUUUGGGAAGACAGUCUUAAUCUCAGAACUCAACCUUGGACGAGUCACGCUAUGAUCAUAUGAUGCUCCACUUUGUAACAUGGUGUGUUUUCUUAUCUUUUCACAAUAAAAAGGAGGUUUUCUGGUGGGUCUUUCAGGUGCAAACCAAGGCAGACUGGACGGUUUUGCUCUCGCUUGCAACUGAAGACGCCACUUGCAAGCUCUUAAAUUGAA